AGAGAAACAGAGUAAAGCGUUACCGACUUGUUUGGAAUGCCACACGGGCUUAAAUUGCUUCCCUCCUAAAAGCCGUUACAUUACACAGACUUUUCGAGUGGUGGUUGUUCAAUGCAUGAAACACCAUUUCUUUAAUGCUCUUUUAUUGCUAUUCUUCUUCUGAAUCUUGAUUAUGUUAAUAAUAUCUUUCAUCUUCAAUUCCAUGUUAUGUACCUCUAAAUCUCAGAAAUACUAAUAUUUGGUGGCGAGACUUUCCCUUAAUUCUGAAGAUUUAGGAGGCAAUUAAUUGAGGUGAUCUUGAGUUUGUUCGUUGAGAUGGGAUUCAUAAGCACAAUAUUGGGGUUCUUCGGAUUUGGAAUGGGGAUCGUGAUAGGGCUAGUGAUCGGGUAUUUCCUCUUCAUCUACGUUCUACCAACUGAUGUCAAGCAUCCUGAUAUUCGGCCCUUGGCGGAGCAAGAUACUGAAAGCCUGCAACGACUGCUCCCUGAGAUACCACUUUGGGUUAAAAAUCCAGAUUAUGAUCGUCUUGAUUGGCUUAAUAAAAUGAUCGAACUCAUGUGGCCUUAUUUAGACAAGGCUAUUUGUAAAACAGCAAAAGGUAUAGUAGAUCCCAUCAUAGCUGAGCAGAUUCCACAGUACAAAAUUGAGUCAGUUGAAUUUCAAUCAUUUACCUUGGGCACCCUUCCACCUACAUUUCCAGGAAUGAAGGUCUAUAUCACAGAGGAGAAAGAGCUGAUUAUGGAACCAGUCAUUAAGUGGGCAGCUAAUCCAAACAUCACUGUUGCAGUGAAGGCAUUUGGGUUGAAAGCCACUGCUCAGGUGGUUGACUUGCAAAUAUUUGCCUUACCUCGAAUCACCUUGAAGCCACUGGUUCCGACCUUUCCUUGUUUCGCGAAGAUAUAUGUAUCGCUUAUGGAGAAGCCUCAUGUCGAUUUUGGACUAAAACUUCUCGGUGCAGAUGCAAUGUCCAUUCCUGGCCUGUACAGAUUUGUUCAAGAGAUUAUCAAAGAUCAAGUUGCAAGUAUGUAUCUAUGGCCAAAAACACUUGAGGUCCAAAUAUUGGAUCCUUCAAAAGCAAUGAAGAGGCCAGUUGGAAUUUUUAAUGUGACAGUUGUGAGGGCAAUGAAGCUUAAAAAGACAGAUCUUUUGGGGCUCUCAGACCCCUUUGUGAAACUAAAAAUUAUGGAUGACAAACUAUCAUCAAAGAAAACAUCAGUGAAGCACAAAAACUUGAACCCCGAAUGGAACGAGGAAUUUAGUUUCGUGGUUAAGGAUCCACAAACUCAAGUUCUAAAAUUUUCUGUUUAUGACUGGGAGCAGGUUGGCUCACAUGAAAAAAUGGGUGUGAAUAUUGUGCCAUUGAAAGAUCUUACUCCAGACGAACCAAAAGUAUUGACACUAGAUCUUCUGAAAAACUUAAAACCAGAUGAUGUUCAAAAUGAAAAAUCAAGAGGACAGCUUGUACUUGAAGUGAUGUACAAAGCUUUUAACGAUGAAGAACUCGCAAAUGGCACUGAUGAAUCAGGUACGGUAGAGAAGGCUCCUGAUGGAACACCUGAGGGCGGAGGUAUGCUCGUAGUUAUUGUCCAUGAAGGUCAAGAUCUUGAAGGGAAGCACCACACAAAUCCAUCUGUUCGUCUGCUCUUCAGAGGGGAAGAGAGAAGAACUAAGGUUAUAAAGAAAAACAGAGAUCCAAGGUGGGAAGAGGAGUUUCAGUUUGUAUUGGAGGAACCACCUGUAAAUGAUAGGAUUCAUGUAGAAGUUUUUAGUACUUCAAAAAGAAUGGGUCUUCGACAUCCCAAGGAAGCUUUGGGUUACGUGGAUGUGUACCUCGCGGAUGUUGUGAAUAACAAGAGAAUUAAUGAGAGAUACCAUCUUAUUGACUCAAAAAAUGGUCGACUUCAGAUCGAGCUACAAUGGAGAACUGCAUCUUGAGGGUACUGCCAAUUGCCAAAUCCUCAUCUUUUUGUAAAUGAUUUUUAAGAAGAUACUCCACCAAUAAGUUCUUUUUUGUUU